GGAGAGCGAGGUGAAAUAUUAACAGGCAGCGGUUCUCUAACCCUUACGGACUAGCCCAGCCGAAACGCCCGGGCGAAAGCUGCCAUCAAGAAGACUUGGCAGUCAGGUCCUGCUAGCGCACUUAAGCCUUGGGGCAGCAGGUUUUACAAAGGAAGCGAACUGUUCUACUUCUAGAGUUUUUCCAGUUUUUUCUAUAAAUCGAAACAGCUCAGAAUGGAGGCCUAAAACCCUUAAAGGGACUUAGUCUAAUCUCUGGGAGGUAGUUUUGUGCAUGAAUAAACAAAUUAAGUAGUUAACGAGAAUUUGUAGCAUCUAAAGAAUGUUAUACCUUUAAAAAUAUGAUAUAGUUAUGAGGUAUAACUAUAAAGUAAUAUUGAGUUUGAUUUUGAAUUUGACUGGAGAAGUGAUUGUACUUGGGACACAUUGUUGAAGCACUAUUCAAAAUUGUCUGGGCAGUCUCCCACUGGCUGCUGUGUAGAAUAGAAAAAAGUACUUGUGUUUGUUAAAGAUUUAAAAAUGAAUGACAGUUAUCUAGAACAAAAAGUUUAUAUUCAACCUCCUGCUAAAUUACAGAAAUAUGCAAAUGAGAACUUUGACUUCUACAAUGACACAAAAAUGCCAAGAACAAAACUUUUUAAUAGGUACAACAAAUUUAGAGAAAGUAGGAAAGAUGAACUUGAUGAUUGGUGAGGAAAUUAUGUAACCAUAAUAAAACUAUUGCUAUUUUAAAAGUCUAAAAUUUAGUUUGUUCAAAUGGGCUAUUAUCUCUGAGAAUGGUAUGAAUAAAAAAGAUGGCUAGAUGGUUACAUUUUGGUGAAGGAACAAACUCAUUCAGAAAGAGAAGUGAUACAGAAACAAUAAUAAACACCAAAAAGUUUUUUUAUAACAAUGGUGUAAAAUUUUUGACCAGUGAAAGGAAAGCUGAAAUUAGACAUAAUAACUCACCUUUGAGAUAUGUUUCUUUUGCCACCUGGAAAUAAAGCUUUCAAGUCUACAGCAGAAAAUCCCAGCAUCAAGGAAGGAAGGAAGGAAGGGAAAGGAAAGAAAAAGAAAGGAAAAGAAAGGAAGGUAGAAAAAUCCCAACAUCCGCGGGCCAGGAAACCAUGUUCGUUAGUCACUGCUAGAAAAACCGUGAUAACUUGUUGAUUGGUCAUUGCUGAUACUAUUGAUUCAGAACCCAUUCACUAAAAGCUAGUCAUAAUUGAGAUAUUCUAAAUUGUUAGAAGGUCUUUGUUCAAAAAGAGUAAAUUGUGACAAAAUAAAUUUAUUAUUUUUUAUCUUGAUGAAUUGUAGCUCCAGGUAUGCUAUCUGUGAUAUAAUUUCCAACCAAAGCCACAUUUGUACCAUUGCUUAUCCAAGCUAGCCUAUGGACUCAGCACUCUUGACUUUUGACUGUUUUAAAAAUAAAGUCACUACCAGAGUAGAAGAUUUGAUAUUGGCUCUCAACAGCAUAAAGCUGAGUUUAAAAGACCUGUUGAGCAAAUACAUUCAUCUCUGAUAAUUUAUUUAAAAUAAAACAUCUAAUUUGCUAAGAUUUGAUGGUAUCAUUAUUAUAAAGCAACCCAGUUCCUAUAUAUGGGAAAUAAUUAUUAUUUAUUAAAUCUUAAACAAAGCCUUAACAUAUAUCUGUCAGUUCUGUUACUACUUAAGCUCUAUCUGGAAGAAAAUUUUAGAUUGAUUUGUUCUCCCUAUUAAAGUGACUGUAGGAAAAAAAAUUACUUAAUUUGAGCAAGACUUGGGAUAUACUAUAUUUCAUUGAAUCUAAAAUGUCAUCAAUUAUAAAGUAUAUUAUUUUAUAUACCUCCAAGAAAUAAAAAUGCUGCUAAUUAAAUGAUAUUUAAAUUGUCCUUUUAAAUAUCAUAUUUAAAGAUACCUUUCAAUACCAGAGAUAUUAAAACAUGCAUCUUACAAUCAGCGAACUAUGGUAAUGUAUUCUUGUCCUCUUAAUACUUUUUUUCCUGGCUAUCAAAUUUCACAAUUAAAAUAAGGCAAAAUAAACAUAGUCUGAAUAUUUUUUCUGCAGAGUAAUUAAGUAUAGAGCAUAACUUUCCAUCAUGAAAGCAAGCCAGCUGAGUCAGACAUUUUAUCUUUAGGCUGGCUGAAUGUCACUGAAGCCUUCUAGUGGAGAAGUUGACCCACCUGUGGAAUACCUGACACUAAAUGGCAUCUCGAUGACCUAAAGCACUCUACAUUUUUUUGAAGGGUUUUAAUUUCAUCACAAGGUACUGUGUAGCAUCACGUUUACAUUGUAUGAUUAUACAAAGGUGCUCUUCAUACAUAAUUGUCCCUUAAGAUGUAUCAGUACAGGACUUCAAUCUUGUUGUGCUGAAACCAAAAAGAACAGAUUUCCCAUUCUAGGUGUUCCACCUAGUACUAAAAUUAACAAAAGUCAUGCACAAAACUACCUCCCUAGAGAAAGGCUAGUCCCUUUUCCUCCCCAUCCAUUUCUUCAUGAACAUAGUAGAAGACAGCAAAUUCUUAUCAAAUCUGAUGAAAAACGCCAACAUGUUUGAAUUGAAAUACGACUUUUCAUGUGAGCUAUUCCGAAUGUCUACAUAUUCGACUUUCCCCACUGCCAUUCCUGUGUCGGAAAGGAGUCUUGCUCGUGCUGGUUUUUAUUAUACUGGUGUGAAUGACAAGGUCAAAUGUUUCUGUUGCGGCCUGAUGCUGGAUAACUGGAAACAAGGAGACAACCCUAUUGAGAAGCAUAAAAAGUUGUAUCCUAGCUGUAGCUUUGUUCAGAAACUAAAUUCAGGUAACAUUUCGGGAGCUGCCUUUCAGUUUAAUUUGCCUUUUUCAGUAACAAAUUCCACACAUUUAUUACUUCCAAGUUCAGAAAACAUUGGUUAUUUCAGUGGCUCUUAUUCAAGCUUUCCCUCAAGUCCUGUAAACUCCGAAGCAAAUCAAGAUCUUUCUGCCUUGAGAAGUCCCAACUAUUGCCUAAUGAAUACUGAAAAUGCCAGAUUACUUACUUUCCAGAUGUGGCCAUUGGCCUGCCCAUCACCAACAGAUCUGGCAAAAGCAGGUUUUUACUACAUAGGACCUGGAGAUAGAGUGGCUUGCUUUGCCUGUGGUGGAAAAUUGAGCAACUGGGAACCAAAUGAUGAUGCUAUGACAGAACACCUGAGACAUUUCCCCAAAUGCCCAUUUUUGGAAAGUCAGCCUCAAGACGCUUCAAGAUACAGUAUUUCUAAUCUGAGCAUGCAGACACAGGCAGCCCGUUUUAGAACAUACAGUAACUGGCCCGCUAGUGUUCCGGUUCAUCCUCAGCAGCUUGCAAGUGCUGGUUUUUAUUACAUGGGUUACAAUGAUGAUGUCAAAUGCUUUUGCUGUGAUGGUGGACUGAGGUGUUGGGAACCUGGAGAUGACCCAUGGGUGGAACAUGCCAAGUGGUUUCCAAGGUGUGAGUACUUGAUACGAGUUAAAGGACAAGAGUUCAUCAGCCGAAUUCAAGCCAGUUACCCUCAUCUGCUUGAACAGCUGUUAUCUACUUCAGACAAUCCAGAAGAUGAAAAUGCAGAGUCACCAAUUAUUCAUUAUGGACCAGGAGAAAACCGUUCAGAAGAUGCGGUCAUGAUGAAUACACCUGUGGUUAAAGCUGCCUUGGAAAUGGGCUUCAGUAGAAGGCUGGUCAAACAGACAGUUCAGAGUAAGAUCCUAACAACUGGAGAGAAUUACAAAGUCGUCAGUGAUCUUGUAUUAGAUUUACUUAAUGCUGAAGAUGAAAUAAGGGAAGAAGAGAAAGAAAGAGCAACUGAGGAAGAAGAAUCAGAUGAUCUAUCAUGUAUCCGGAAAAAUAGAAUGGCACUUUUUCAACAUUUGACUUGUGUGCUUCCAAUCUUGGAUAGUCUACUAAUUGCCAGAGUGAUUAAUGAACAAGAACAUGAAGUUAUUAAACAGAAAACACAGACAUAUUUGCAAGCAAGAGAACUGAUUGAUACUAUUAUAGUAAAAGGAAAUUUUGCAGCCACCAUAUUCAGAAAGUCUCUACAAGAAAUUGACCCCGUAUUAUACAAGCGUUUAUUUGUGCAACAGGACAUCAAGUAUAUUCCCACAGAAAAUAUUUCAGAUUUACCAAUGGAAGAACAAUUGAGGAGACUGCAAGAAGAAAGAACAUGUAAAGUGUGUAUGGACAAAGAAGUGUCCAUAGUGUUUAUUCCCUGUGGUCAUCUAGCAGUAUGCAAAGAUUGCGCCCCUUCUCUAAGAAAAUGUCCUAUUUGUAGAGGUACAAUCAAGGGUACAGUUCGUACAUUUCUUUCAUGAAGAUGAUCCAAAAUUUUAGAAUUAAUGGAUUAAAUAUAUUGUAAUUUUAACUUU